AGAACCAAGUUAGACUUCAUUGUUCCACAAAAAGAACAUUUCCCUCCAAACUAGUACCAAUUUCUACCAAAAUUUUGGCACCAUGGACGGGUACUUGUAUUGGCGACCUGCUUCACGUCUGACAGUUCUAGCACAUUUAUUUGGUAUAAUAGCCAUAGUUCUUUUGCUUGUUUGGCUGCUGCAUUUUCGUGAGGGAAUGAAUCUUGAUUCCGACAAUCCAUUCCGCAUUUUCAAUGUUCAUCCAUUUCUGAUGUUUUUCGGCUUCAUAUUUCUAGCUGGAGAAGCAAUGAUGGCUUACAAGACAGUACUAGCAGCAAGAAACGUGCAGAAGGUUGCUCAUAUGUUCCUUCACUUGGUAGCGAUCACUUUGGGGAUUGUUGGAUUACACGCUGUGUUCAAAUUCCAUGACAGGGCCAACAUAAGGAAUUUGUACAGCUUACAUUCCUGGAUAGGCAUCGGCACCUUCUCCCUCUACAUUUUACAGUGGUUAUUUGGGUUCAUUACGUUCAUGAUUCCACAAUCCUCGAUCGACGGUAGGGCGAGGGCAGUCCCAUGGCAUAUUUCUGGUGGUAGAGCACUGUUGUACAUGGCAAUCUGUGCAGCAGAGACAGGAUUGAUGGAGAAAGUAACAUUUUUGGAACUACAACAUGGCAGAGAAACUCUAUUGGUUAACUUUCUUGGACUGGCAAUUCUUCUAUUUGGAAUUACGGUUGAUGUUUCUGUUGCGCUUGCACGUUAUCGAUAACUAUGGCUUGUUCAUGAGGAGUUUGGCAAACUAGUAUGAUAACUUUGUUCCAAAAAAAAAAAAUUGGUUUAUUGGAGAGGUGAAUUUUUCUUUCUUACAUUGUAAAUUAUUGUGAAGUUAAGAAGUCAAGGAAGUGAGUUUUGUGA